GACUCCAGCGAUUCACCAAGUUCAAGUAGCAGCAGCUCUACUGUUUCUGAAAAUUCAAGCAGCAGCAGCUUCAGUGUCUCACCAAGUUUAAGUAGCAGCAGUUCCAGUGUCUCACCAAGUUCAAGAAGCAGCAGCUCCACUGUCUCACCACGUUCAAGUAGCGCCAGCUCCGGUGUUUCACCAAGUUUGAGUAGCAGCAGCUCCAGUGUUUCAGUAAGUUCAAGUAGCAGCAGCUUUAGUGUCUCACUUACCUCGAGUAGCAGUGCCACAUCAAGUUCAGUGUAUAGUAUCUCUCCAACUUCAAGCAGCCAUAUUGACCGUAAGUAUUUCAUCAUUCGUAAAUUGUCCCGUUUAAUAACAAACGUGAAAUGUAUUUUUUCAAGUCGCCAUUCUUGGGAAGUAUUGCGCAAUAUUAUUCUUUGCAUAGUUGUUUCAGGUUACACGAAAGUCGUUUCCUUAAACUCGGGCUUAGAUAGCCUAUUCCUUUUAGGCGAUACUUCCUUUAAGAAUAUAAAAAGCAGAGAUUUUCAUAGUUCUCUUCCUUCCUAACCUAGAAUAAUCAUUUACUAGCAGUUGAGUAACUCUCCAAGGUAAUCGUCGUACCGUUUUUUCCUCAGUGUACAGUUCUGAGAUAAGCGUUAUUACCUUAUUUGCACUUGUUACUACCUAUCACUACUACCAUUUCCGGAUACCGCAGAAAUAACAUCAUCGACAUAUCGUUUCCAGAAAAAGGGUUUAACCGGUGAAGUGGUUAAGGCCCCUUGUUCCAAGUCUUCCAUUACCAUGUUGGACGUGGAACGUCAGUUUGGUACACGUUUAAAAUAGCACCAAAAAGCGGUUUUCCUUUGCAAAAAGGAAAAUUCAGCUUUAUCGGAGCAUACUUGCCUAACUAACCAUACAAUUGGGUGGGAUAAUUCUAAAAUUAUCACCACUAAUCGGCGUUACCACUAGCGCCUUUGUUUGGAGGCUUGGCAUAUUAACUCCGCCCACGCUCCUUUAAAUCGUGACGAUGGCGGUUUGCUUCCUGACGCCUAUUUACACCUCGUCAGAAAAAAGGCCGCUAAUUAGUGAUUAUAUAAAAAGACCUCUUGUUGUAGCGUUUAGAUUACCCCUGAUGAAGGCACUAGACAGGAGUGUCUAAACGUUGGGUCUAUGAAUUGUAACUUCUUUGGUUACAUUCAUUAAAUCUGUAAACCAGAGUAGCAUCAAACCAUGUCUGCUCUUGAUGUUGUUACUUUUUGGAACAAAAAGCAUAAAACACAAUCACUAGUACAUUGUAUUUCAUAACCUACUUAAAGAUGUGUUACGUUCCUUUCUUACACGUACCGUAUUUUAUUAUGUACAUACUGAGAUUUAACAGACUGAAUAGGUGCGAAAUAAAUCUUCAUUUGAAAGCUGGUCGAAGAAGCCGAGAGCCAAUCAAAUGGUACGUAUCGCUUUUUUUCACGUGUGAGGAAAACGAUACGUCCAAUUAGGGAACCGCGUAUCAUAUUUUUUCACAUGUAAAGCGACUGUAAUUCAACCUUCAUUGGCAGAAUUUCGCUUUUCAGACUGUUCGCGAUGUUUUUUCAAAUCCGCCCUCAGGACUGUUUUUUAUGCCAAGUUAUUUACUAAAGAUGACUGUGGUACUUCUGUGCAGGAUUCUGUGGAAUAGAAAGCAUGCAGAAAAAAAGCUCAAAAGAGAAAACGAUGAGAAAACAAAGCAGGGAGAUUUAAAACUGUUCAAAUCAUUUUUGUGACGGAAAGAACGAGGAAAUUGAACAUGUAUCUUGAGGAGUUCAUUCGCUCCAUUUGACGAAAAGACAGAGAAGAUUAUGAACCCUUAAGCUUAAGAAGUUUUGUGUCAAGUGUUGACAGGUGUUUUGUUGAUUUUCACACAAGGCAAUUUACAUGAUUUACAUCUUUCAUGAUCGAUUUAUGAGAGUUUAACUUAAAUCUGAUGAACAACAAAUUGUCAUUUACGAGAAUUAAAUCUCCAUAUGUAUAUAAUAGACACUUUACACCAAAGUCUGCCCAUAUGAUAUUUACGAUCUCGUAGGUUUGAAUCAGAAAUCUCACUCGUUCGAUUUCCGAUACUACCGUCACAUGCGUAAAUAUCAUACGGGCAGACUUUCCAUGAAUUAUUCUUUAUAGUACAGUACAUUGCUAAAAAAUACUUUACCUAGUAUAUAUUUACAGAAUUUUGUUCCAGUGGGAAAAAACUAGUAUUCUUCUAACAAGAAUCAGAUAUACAUGAGAUUCUUCUCAUAGAAAUAACAUACUUUGCAUCUAAUAAUCGCGUUUCUUUUUUUUUUUUUCUCUUCAGCUGCUGCAACAAGUAAGAAAGCAUUUCUUCUGUGCCUUUUUAUGUGAAUUCAUCGAAUCUAAACCUGCUCUCGCCAGAAUAUUCGAAACUAUUGCAGAUGGCCUCAAACUCUAAUGAAAAUAAGUUUUCUCUUUUGAAACUAAUAACAGCGAAGGAAAUUUAUGUUUUAAUUUUGAAAUCCUUCAAUGUUCUGAUUGGUUUUUAUAUGUUGAGGACAACAAAACAUUUCCCACACAUAUUUCACUACCAUGGCUUAAUUUGAAAUUUCUGAUUUGCAGUACACCUCCAAUAAAGAAAGAAGUCUCCCUUUAAUAAUCUUCUUUUAAAGGCUUAUACCACACCAAUUGUGCAAUAACAUAGUAUACCGAAAAACUGGAGAAAAUGGUUGCCAAGCUUCUUGUCAUUAUGUUUCAAGAAAGGAAAAGUUAUUUCGGUUUAAAGUGGUUCCGACAUGAAGCCAUAAUUAAAUUAUCUGUUGUGAAAUAUGCCAUAUAAUAGUGCGGUCCAGAAAAGUCAUGGAGCAGGUCACUGAUGUACUUCUUGUUUUAAUUUUUGUUUUAAUUCAAAGAAAUCCCCAGCAACUUGUAUCCUCACGGUCCAGAUCAGAAGGAUUAUGAACUUCGUCUUGAAGAUACUUCUUUCUCCUCCGACCAAUGUUUGAGGAUCAACACAGAUUGGACUGGAUUUCCGUUUUUCACAGAAAGGCAUUACAAAUUAUACGUGAGUAAAAUUUUCCUAUAAGAGACUAAACUGAAUGAUUUUCCUUUCAACCAAUAUAAAUUUUUUGCGCUGAAGGUGCGCGGAGAAAAUUUUAAAGAAAAUGAGAGUAAUACUGCUCCAAUCCAAAGCGAAUGAAUAUCCUAAGACUACCUGAGAAAAAUCACUCGGUCAUCUAUUUGUUAUGAGAGAUUUUUAAGAGACAUCUUGCUUUCUUGCCCUUUUGUAUUUGAAAAUUUUCUCCAUAAAACAUAUGAAGCUCUUCGAGCGUAUGUCUUGAUUGAGAGACAAGGGUGGAAAAUAAGAAGCGAAGUUUCCAAAAGAUAUGCUUAUCUCUUCGUACGUUGUCACAAAAUAAAUGCAUUAUGCUACAAAUGUAAAUGUGUCACGCCCCAGUUGGGGAACAGCAGUCUUUAUUUUGAUCAUUUUGUUAAUGAUGAAUUCGCCAGGUAAACUUGGCAGCCGAGGGUUAGAGUAAUUUACGAAAGAAGUGGUUGCUCUAAAAGUAUACUUGCAUGCAAUGUUACAAACCUCGUUUAUCAUUCUUUUACCACCUUUUUUUUAGAUUUGUCGAAAUGGUAUAAUCCAAUUGAAUUAUGAGUGGAGCUGGUGGUGGCCUCGGAAAUUUGGUAUCUACUGGUGGUUUAGAAACAUGGGUAUUAUUGCUCCCUUCUGGGCCACAACUGAUACUUAUUUUGCAUUCAGAUACAAUCAUUCAAAGGUUUAUUAUCAAGUGUAUAGACAAACGGAAGAAACGUCAAAUGAAAUUCUGGCUAUGGCUUCAAAGCAUGUAAAGAGCUACACCGCAGGAUUUGACGACUUUGCGGCCACUUGGGUCCUUGUUGUGACGUGGGAAAAGCUCUGUCCAUACGUGUAUUAUUCAUACUACUAUUACUACAGUUACUUCGAGCAGGGUUUUCCGUUCAAUUGUCCUCGAGUAAGCAUUUACACUUUUUUUAAUUAUCAUAACUCCAAGAUAACCAUGUGAGUUAACGACAUAUAGUUGCUAAUUUUCAAUUGGACCUUACAGUGUCUGAGUUUUUGGUUUGACGAAUUCGUCAAAUCCUGAAAAAGCACAAAAAUACGAAAAACAGCAGGGAUUUCCAUUUUAUUCUCUUUUUUCUGUUUUAUUUGUCGGCUUAGCGAGAGCUCAAACCGGGUUGGGGAAAGAUUGACCAUACUUAACAGAUGUUUAACAUCCGAACAUCAAAAGAAGAAAACUUAAAGAUUGCCUGCCAUUAUUUAGGGGAAAAUUGCAAGUUAUUCGAAGUAACAAUCCCUAUGACUCCCUAAACUAUACUCCACGUAGUUCAUUAACAUUAUCAACCCAGAAGUGAUGACUGCACGUAUGAGUCAUGAAGUAUAACGUACAGCAGUAACUUGACUUGUUGCAUUUAAGAUAAAAUACAUUUAUCAGGAAAUAAUUAUGUCUGGUUUAAAAUAUCAAAAUCUGAAUUGUUCCUGCGUUUUUAUUGUUUUCCAGAGUAACACAUUCCAAGCUGUCUUGAUAACGAAUGGAUUUAACACAUUCUUGAUGUAUAAUUAUCCCUAUGGAGGAAUUCAAUGGGUGAUCAACGCAGAUCCGUAAGUUUUCUACGCCUCUAAAUGAGGGGGGCAUUGGAAUUUUCGGUUUUGCGCUUUCAGCUAUUUUUUAGAUCGGUUUUUCGGUUUUGGUGUUCAUUGCGGUUUGCGGAUAUUCCGUUUUUUAGCAUUUGGUUUUCGGUUUUCGCGAAAAAUACUAACGGGUUUUCGUUUUUCCUCCACUGAUCUCGAAUAGCCGCGAAACGCAAAUGUUAUCGAGAGGAAUGCGAGACAAACCAAUUGAAAUAUCACAGGGGGCCCUAGAUAGCCAACGCAUAGCCGAACCUUCCUCCGCCCCCUCCCCCAAGGUGGGGGGGAGGGGAGGGUACGGCUACACGUAGGGUACGGCUAAGCACAGAACAUUGCCAGAGGUUCUUUAUGAACGCCACCUCGAAGUUGGUGAACGGGUUACAGGCCGCACAUGACUGAUUGAUUCAACUUUCCAAUAGCAUCUCCAAACUUUCGUAGUUCGCAAAUGGAAAUGUUGGAUUAGGGAUUUCCGAUGAAACUUUCCAGAGUUAUAGCUUUUUGCGACUUCAAAAUUGCAAUCCUAUAGAGGACUUUUGUGCGAAUUUCCUUAAUUUAACUACUUUCCACUGCUGAGUCCGCAGAGACCACGCCCGAGGUCCUCAAGAGAGCAGCUGUUAAUUUAAGCAGAUACUAGAAGAUACGAAUGCCAAGUCCAUGGCAUUCAUAAAUCCUGUAAUAAAAUUAGUGUAGGUUACUCUGAAUGCUCCAAUUGUCACCAUUGUAUCGGAUCGAUCAGGGUUUUGAUAAAUGGGAUUUGAAAAUGUAUCGGUUUAGACAGUUUUGCAUGCGGUUUUCGGUUUGAUCGAAUUUUUUUUCGGUUUUUCGGUUUUGGAUGAUUUUUUCCACGGUUUUUCGUUUUCUAAUAGGCCCCAAUGCCCCUCUCCUAAAUGAAAACCAAAGUCAGAAUAUAAAAAUAUAUAUUAAAAUUGCAUAUAAGUAAACACGAAAUAACUACAAAUUUUGUCUGACAUUAGUAGGUCCCAUCGGUAUUCUUUGAUAUUUAUGUCUAACACAUUAAUUUAGAUUACACUAUGGUCUUUUUUUAAUGAUUUCUUGGUCUCAAAUUGGCUUACUAAUUCUUCCUAGUUACCAUCCGUACUUUUUAUCAAAGAGCUACAAUAUGACAAUAUGAUAUCUGAUGAAAUUAAUUCAAGGGCUUACGAAUUGCUUUUGAUUAGAAUAAAAAAAACAUUGAAAUGUGUUUGUGAUGGAAGUAAGGACAUCGCCGAAGUACCAGAAAUUCAUGCGACCGGGAAAAACAGUUGAGAAAAUACGUAACAGUAAGGAUUUUUUCGACCAUUCGUAGGAAUAACUACCGUUACUGGACGAACUACUAUGGUCUUCCUGUGGCUGGCUGGAAUGCAGGGAACGAUGGCAAAGAUUAUAUCAAUAUGAAAGGGUAGGAUAAAUCAAAUUUGAACAUAUUUAUAUUAAAAGAUCUGAAUAUCCCAAACAAUCUUUAUCAGUCAAUAGCGUAUGAAAAUGAAAAAUAAACAGGAUGAUUGGAACUCGCACAUUCUUCCACAAAGGCAGUAAUACAUGACCCAAUAUGAGAGAGCCAGCUAAGCAGCCAAUGGAUGUGAAUAUUCAUCCACGUAACCGACUUAUAAAGGGUUAUGUUUACGCGUGAAAUUUUCUCAAUGAUUCUUUACAAUUUCAAAAUUGGUUUACUUUUCAAUUCGGAGAAUUGCUGUAAUUGGUGUAGAUAGGUGUAAACCUUCAAAUUUAAUCUGAAAUUUCUCGCAGAGCCCCGAAACUCGAUGUAUAUAUAACUUCUAUAACCAGUAUAAUUCUGUUAGCGUUUCAUUACGAGUGAUGCAAUCUGAUUGGCUACAUCACUCGCCAUCUAUUCUAUGAUAGUUAGCGAGAAAAGAGAGUAGACUAAAAUUGUGAUUUAUUUGUAUCAUUAUUUGAUAAAAAGUUACGCCUUUCUUUGUGUUAAGUUUUGAAUAAGCAUUAAAUCUAUGCAAUAACAAUUAAAUGGAUAAUCUGAUUGAGCCUCGAACUAAUGUUUUUUUUUAUUCCAAGCUUUCACCGAUCUGCGGUAUCAGACAUUCCCCGAAGAUGCCGAAGAUCGGCGAAAGCUUGGAACAAAAAAGAAAUACAGUGACUCAAGGCCUCAAUCGAAUCAUCUAUUUAAUCAACAUGCUACAGAAGGACAACUUCAAACGCUUAAUAAAAAUUAAUUUAUUCGCUGUUGAUUUCUGAGCGCGAAAGAUUAUUCGACUCUUGUCCUCACUCACUGUGAACCGAUAGAAAUCUCUACCCUAUAUUCUAAUUACUAAAAAUGACGAUAGUGAAAGAAGGUUUUUGAGUUAAAUGUUUGUGAUUGUAGUUCUAGUACAUUUGGAAUGUACGACCUCGAUAAGAAGGAAGGAAACACGGGUUUGCAGGGAAGAUACUUUUGGAGAAUUGAAAACAGCGACGGACAAGGUGCACUGGAGAAAUGCUUUAGUUGGGCCAUACUUAAUGAACACUUGGAAUUCCGUUACUGGUAUUACCGAUUGAUAGAAUCAGACUGGGAAAUGGCUUGCCCUUGUACAGGGUGGCAGGCGUGGUUUGAUCGAGGACGAUUCAGUUGGAGUUGGUGGAAUUCGUGGCCAGAUUGGUGUUUUGAUUCCAGGAGAUCCAAGUUCUUUUAUAUCGACACCAGGAGUGCUGGACGAGUUGGUGUUUUGAUGAGACAACAGUGCUGUUACUCCACGCAGUGGGAAGACUGGGCCUCUCUCAAGCAGGGACCCCCUGAUGGUGGACGGGUAAAAGUGACACUUUUCUAUGACCGGUACAAUCACGUCCAAACCUUUUACACAGAUGAACAGGCUUACCAGUAUUGCUGUGUGGAUCUACCUUUCUGCCAUUGGUUCUAUGCUUAUCGUCCGUCUGAUAGCUGCUGGCUGUAUAGGCCUCCAAUUAGACGUGAGUUUUAGAUAAUGAUAGUUACAUUAUAGAGGUACGAAACCUUAUUGUAUCAUCCUUUGUCAUCUCUUGUAAAUCUUGUCAUGUUAUUCUUGAUUUGUCAGUUUAAGCCACGGGUUAUCUAAAACUACAUUGGAAUUAAAGGUUACCUUUCGUAAUUGUUAUGUAUUGGAGAGUUGUCUAGAAAGAGCUUUGUCAACUUUUACUCUUGGACUCAAACCACUCACUCUAUAUAGUUCAGAUUCUUUGUAACACAAGCAAGUUAAGAGGAGUGUUUCUCUUUUAAUUCAGGAUGGUUCUGGGGUGAUCCUCAUAUCAAGACACUGGACGGUGGUAAUUACACGUUUAACGGUCUUGGUGAAUACACUAUGGUGGAUGCAGAAAAUGGAACAUUUAAUCUUCAGGCCAGAACAAAACUUGCUCAAGGAAACUCAACCACAGCAACCAUCUUCUCAGCAGGAGCUGCUAAAGAAAAAAACUCGAGCACCAUCGAGGUUCGAGUGAAAGACGGAGGUGAGAAUGCUAUGAAGAGCUUGUCAGGUAGGAAAACGAAAACCUCUUAAGGGGUAAUAUUGUAAAGAAACUUUUGUGUUGCGUCGUUGUGGAGUUUAACAAGGAAAAUUUGGUUUUAUCAUCUGAGUUGAUGAUGUAAAAUUGACCACCAUAAAGAGUUUCUUAAGGUAGUUUUCAAUUUAGAGCCAAUAGAAUCCAACUCUUGCGAUUUGAUUUUGUUAGGUGGCUUCCAUAUAUUGAUUGACAGUACACCCUAUAAUGGCUACAGCAAUUUAACAAAUCGAACUGUGGAGGUUGGUGGAAAUCUUUCCAUCUCAAAACCAGAAGAAAACUGUUUACAAGUUUCUUUCCCGUCGACAUCGUCAGUACAGUUCUGCGAGAAUAAGGAAAUGAUGUCGUUCGUUGUAACUCUUGGUGAUGUCUUGAAAAACGCCACAAAAGGAUUGCUGGGAACAUGGAACGAUGACCCUGACGAUGACUUUACACUGCCCGACGGGACGGUUUUGCCAUCGACAUCAUCAUUAAAAGAGAUUCACUACGGAUUUGGAGUCAAAUGUAAGUACCAUAUUAUUUUACAUGAACGCAUUAAACUUCGUCACAACGAAUUUGGCACUACUAUACGGCGAAUGAUCGUCGCGUGUUAUUGCGCUGUUGCUUGCGUUGCGAGUAAAGACCAUGCCCUUUAAAAGAGAUCUUGCAACUGCAGACACAAAACAUGAAUGAUUACCAGUGAACUUUCAAGAGAAGCUCAAGCAGCCUGUGACGGACCAUAAUUUCAUUAAGGAGGAGAGACGAGAUCUCUAGUUGUUUAAUGAACCAGAAAUUGGGAUAAGGGAAGACCAAUUCUUUUACUUGCAGUCGCUACUCUAAGGAAAGCGAAAAGUUCUCAGCACAUUUUGAAAGACAUAACUUUUUUGCUGAUAGCAGUUUUAUAUCUAUCAAGCUGUAUAAUUAAAAUUGAGAACGUUUGGCGGUAAAAUAAAGAAACAGAAGAAAAAUAAAAAUAUAAGCUUGCUCUAUUAGUCAUACAGGCAGAUUAUGGGAGGAUAUAUUAUCCGUUCCGUUUUAACUUUACUAGUCUUACUUUUACAUAAUUUCGUAUCUUGUAAAUGUAUCUAACCCAUUCUUUCCUUACUUAACAAUUAUUCGCCGAAGGCGAAGUCAACAUUGUUGAAUAAUCUCAGGGACGUAGCCGAGUGGAUUAUUCAACAACGUUCACUGAGCCUGGGACGAAUAAUUGUAUUUGUAUAACUGUUCAGGUACUUUCGAAUUCUGUUGUAUAAAUAGAGAAAGUAUUGAGCAUAUUGUGGUACAGUUGUGGUGAUUACUCGUAUCAAGUUUGGCAGGUUUACUCAAUUAAAUAAACAAAAAAAACAUAUCUUCUUUUUGAAAAGUGUUCCGCCUAACUCAAUAGCAUCUUUUGUGCUCUUCGCAAUUGCCCUUUUUUUUUGCUAUCGCGUUCAUCACUUCCGCGAAAACAUUGACAAAACGCGAGACAGCCUCUCUGAAGGUUAACGUUCCUGCCAUAAUCACCUCGCGUAAGGUGACUAUGGCGUGAUAUGACGCACUUCUCCACCAAUCAGAGCGCGCCCAUCUCUAUAAUCACCUGAGCAAUUAUACUAAUUAAUGAUAAUAUCUCCUAGGGCAAAUCAACGAAUCCCAGUCUCUCUUCACUUACGCUGAUAAUGAAAGCGUGGCCACUUAUUCGAAAACUGAAUUUGAGCCCAUGUUUGCUGAUAACAUCACGUGGCAUAAUGACAGUCUAAGACAGAAAGCUGAAGCACAAUGUGGAGAUGAUCACGAAUGUCUGUUUGACGUGGCUUCCACCAACGACUUGUCUGUUGGUAUGGUAACCAAAGAUAUAAGCGUCCAGCUGGUGAACGAGUCGAAUACACUGGGUGAGUUCAGGAGAAAAUGUCGAUUUGGUCAUUGGAGAUUUCUCGGAGUUCAAAUUCUUUUCUCCUUUUAUCUUUUGACUUCCUAAGUGGCUUCCUUUACGCGAACCAUUUAUGAAAAUGGCUCUCCGACAUAAAAGCAAAAAUCGUUUGCAAACAACGCAGGACCAUAUUUUAUUGAAAAAAUGUUUUGGACUGACCUAAUACAGAUGUGAUUAGAAUACGCGAGUAGAUGUACAACGAUUCCAUAAGUGCUAGACAUUAGACAAUAUGAUGAUAAUCAGAAUAUUCCGACUUUACGAAACUUUUUUGGGAUUUAAAACUCGAAGAAUAGUCACUUGUAUAUCUCAAGCUAAGCAUAUUUCAUUUUUUUGGAAUAUUUACAGGCAACUUCCCGCCUAAGAUAGUAAACGCUUCAAAUUUGAUAAAUGCCACACUUGGCGAAACAGUUGAGCUGAAUGUAACAGCUGAGGACGAGGGCUCCAUUACUUUUCACGUGAUAAACAAACCUGCAGGAGCCACGUGGAACCAGACUGGAAACAUGUUGUUAUUUCAUUGGCCCGUAACGUCAUCACAAAAGGUAAAUUUUUCAAUUGAAAACCUUUUCGUUAAACAUUUUCUUUGCAGAAUUACAGUUCAAUUUGCUCUAAAAAAGUAACCCCGGCAAAUCGACAAAGGGGCAGAAUCCACAUACGAAGUUUUUCUUUCUUUGUAGUUUAACAUGACCUUCGUUGCUACUGACGAUAAAGGUGCAAGCGUCAGUUGGAGUCCAACCAUUAGAAUGUGCACCUGCCAACAUGGUGGUCAGUGCGUGGAACCAGAAGAAGGCGACACAGCCAACACUGAUAACAAGUUUAUAUACAUGGGCUGUGCAUGUCAGGGAGGAUACACAGGAAGGUUCUGUGACAGUGACAUUGACGCCUGCGAAAUGAAUGGUCAGCCGUGUUACACGGGAGUUAAGUGUAUUGAUCUUCCUGCACCAGCUAAUUCCAGUGGAUAUAAAUGUGGACCCUGUCCAUCAGGGUACACUGGAAAUGGAGCUCAGUGUACUGGUGGGUUGACUUGUAGAUUUCUCAAUAAAGUUCAAGUCGGGCAGACCUUUAGGGGUUUUAUUUGAUAGAAUGUUCCUUAAUCCUUUAACUCCCAUGAGUGACCAAGACAAAAUUUUAAUUACAGUACCAAUACAAUAUCGAGCAGACAAGUAAUGGGAAUGACGAAAAUUAUGAUCCAUCUAAUAUUUUUCCUCGUGCACGAUUGGUCUAAACAUAUUACGUGACAGGAUAUCCGAGGAUAUCACCCAGGUGAUAUUCCCCAAGUUUCAAACCUUACGUCCACCACGAUUAGUCGUCAUUUAAAAAUUAAUUCAGGAUGAGAGAGCGUCUCAGGGUUGUUGCGGAAGAGGGAAAUAUUUGUUUGUUCAUAAAAUCGUACCAGAGAACACUCAAAUUAAAACCUCCCACGCAGCAAACAGUUAACUGUUCGUGAACAUUUUCACGCGUGUUGCAAAAUAUUUGAAGGAUAAUAAGUACAAUAGCCUCUAUUUUGCGCGAAAGUGUGCUCGUAUAUUUUCGCGCCAAAUAAAGCUAUUGUUUAUAUUUAACAAAUAGAGAAGCCUUGACUGUGCUCUGUUCUGUUAUAAAGCACGCAGGAAAAGGCUAGAGCACGAAAGAAGUGUAGGGAGAAACACGAGCCGUAGCCCUAACCCUAACCCUAACCCUAAACCCUAACCCUAACCCCCACUUCUUGAGUGCUCUAGCCGCUUCCUAAGUGCUUUAUAACAGAACAGAGCACAGUCAAAGCUUCUCUAUUUGUUUUAUAAUAAAGAAUCCGUUAAAUUCCCCAAGAAUUACUUUCAAUUUUCAAAACAAACUUUAUUUCCAAAGCGAACAACAGUGUCGUCAGCAUGCUCUAUACUCUCAUAGAGCAUGCUACAAUAGGCCAAUCAGAAUCCCUGUUAGAAUGGUUCAAAUAGUCUGAUUGGCUCUACAAGACAAAAGCUGUCAAAAGUGUCGAACCAUCAAAGUUCAAAAACCAUUAAAGUUCACAAUCUGAGAUAGUUUACAAACUAAAAUAGUUCGGCAAGUCGAAUUUAACGCUUUUGCUUGAAGUUUUUAAUACAGAAUCCUCAAGUGAAAUGUUCAGUGAACUUCAGCCGAAUUAUGGCUCAUAAAAAACGCAAUUUUUUUCACAUGACAAGGUAAAAAACAAACUGUUCAAGGCGGUGUUUUUUAAAUGAACGACAACCGAAUUCACCGGAACAUGAAGAUCGCUCGGAAUGACAGCGUCGCAAAACUCGGCUGCAGUGACUGAAGUGACUUUCCACUCAACGCAUCGGAAAGGAUAUCAGAGCGAGUUCUUAUUUUUUCACUCGAAGGGCGGCCGAUGUAGUUUCUGAGGCUUGCUUUACUGUGAUGACCGGAGAUCGUCAUGAUAAGCAAGCCGCGAUGGACUUCUGCAUGAUCAUAUUUGCUCAGACACCGUCAUGAUUAGUAUGAAUUUUAACAGUUAUGUCAGUUUGGUUAUAUUUUUCAUAAUUUCUGUUUUGUUCUAUUUUGUUUUUGAACUCUGAACUUUAUAUGCUAUUCGAGUGUUUGCUGUGUUUGAUUUUUAUUACCGUACUUAAGCUUGCAAUCUAACUGAGCGUGAAAAUCUUUGAAACUCGGGAUGUCUAUUUUGUUUUUCCUUAAAGGAUUUUCAUAUCUGCUCACGUUUUAAUAACGUAAAUUACGGCGCCUGGUAUGUUUACAAACCUUUGUUUGGUUCUUCCGUUGCUACUUGCCGGCUCGCUUGUUCCGAAAUUUCACUUUCAAUUAUCGGAAAAAAGCUAAAAAGAAGUCCCGGAAAAGGUCGAACAUAGAAUAAUUUGGCAGAUGGCGUGACAGCUUUAGCUCAGUUCUAUGCUCUAUACUCUCAUAGAGCACGCCCUUUCAACCAAUGACAGCGCGCGUUAUAUCCGAACUUUAUUAUAACUAUCAAUUAGUAAAUUAUGAGUUGAUCCAAUAUCAAAUUUUCCAAACUAAAAUCAUAAGAAUUGUACGGCAGACAGUAAGGAGAAUUCCUAAUGAUAUCGUGGGAGUGAAAGAGUUGAGGUGAAUAUAGAUAAAACAACACUGCAUGGGAAAGAACUUUGUAAGUGUAAGAUAUACCGCCAAAAAAUGUUUAAUACAUAUUUUGCUUCUUCUUCUCCUGAAAAAAUGACUUACUGCAUCAAAACGCCCCCCUCUUGCCUAACCUCCCCCUAAACUGUGAACAGAACACAAUAUACGACCUGACAACAACGAGCGACUUUUCCUCAGAAAUGUCACUGAAAUUUCCGUUGCACCAGGUCAGUCAGGAGUUGCAUUUUUUUAUCGUGGAAAUUUUCUGAAAAUUAUUAAUUAUUAUAGAUGUCUAAGAUGAUAAAAUCAAUCACAGAAUUCUGGUUAAAUAUUAUGCAAUAUUUUCCUUAGACUAUGACGAAUGCCAAAGUAAUUCAUCAAACAACUGUGAGCAGAUAUGUGUCAAUAUUCCAACUUCUUUCUUCUGUGAGUGUCGUGAUGGAUACUCGCUAAAUGAAGACGGACGCAGCUGUGAUGGUAAGACUUUUGUUUUCAAACUCCUGAAACUUUACGGUAAGAUUAGAGGAGAAUUUCUGGCACUUAGCUUUAAUGUGGAACUAGACCAAGAUAAUGAAAUCGUAGUUCAUUUUUCUUUUUUCCGUUGACGUAAACAUCAUACUUGUCAACUCAACAUUUCCUAUCAAAUUUACGCAUGAAAUAUCAAAAGAAAUUCCCUAAUUUAAAGCUUAAAUUAUCUUUUUUAGCCCUCGUUCAGCGUAAAGUUCAUAGCUAGCCUUCCCAAUGACCCACUCUACAAAAGUCCCAACAAGUCCUCCCUAGCACUAAUCACGGUUUAGAAUUGGUUUGAUUCAAACUCAAUUUAAACCUUAGAGGGCGAAAUGUUGACGUCCUGGCAUUCCCCUUAAAUAAGACGCCUAAGGUUUCCCUCGAUGAUAAAAAACAAAUGUUAUAUUCUUUUUUGGCACGUAGACGUUGAUGAAUGCAAUCCAUCGAGCGACUGUAUGCAAAAAUGUAUCAACAGUGAGGGAAGUUACAACUGUUCAUGUAACGAGUUUUUCAAAACUGAUCCUAGUGACUGGAGGAAGUGUGUAGGUGAGUUAGUCUUUGCUGAGAGGCCUCAUGUUAUUUCUUAUCAGGCAUCUUCUAACAUGCAAACUGUCAUCUUAUGCUGGCUGCGGCAUCCGAAGUGAGCGAGCGAUCGAGCUAAGCAAUACAUCUGUUGGAAGAAAUCCUUUUGUACAAUCGCCUCGUACAUAUUUUUCUCUGCUAAUAUGCAAUGAAGGCAAAGCUCAAGUUGAAAAAGACUUCUUCCGCCAUAUCGGAUCAACACCAUCAAACAACGGUAUUUACUUAUGAUACGACUGUUCCCUUCACUUCGCAGCCAAAAACCCUUGUUCUUCUGAUCCUGGCUGCGAACACGUUUGCUUCCAGGGAAGCAGCAAUGAAGCAACUUGUGAUUGUUAUGCUAACUACGAGCUGGACAGCAAUGAAAAGAACUGUACAGGUAAGCUUUUAAUUUUCUUCUUCAACCUUAAGGAGUUAGUGGUAGAUCGUUCUCAGUAUUUUUUUUGGAACGAGAACCAAAGGAAGAAUGUUUAAGAGCCUUUUGAGUGUUAAACAAGUUAUAAAGUUAUUUAGAUUAUAUUUGUAGACUCAUUUACCACAACGCAUGUGGUGCAAUAAGAUACAUACGUGCCAGCUUUACUCUCACUUGUUUCCCUAGUUACGAAGAAAUAGAACUGAUGCCGUUUGGAUAGUUUGUGGCUGAUACCAACUGACGACGAAAUGUUACUUGAAACGUUGAAAUACAAUAUAGAAGCACCAACUAAAGCCGUUGUACUUUUUUCUCUGUAGAUAUCAAUGAAUGUGAUCCAGCUAAAGAACUUGAUCGGUGCAAUCAGAUUUGUACAAAUACCCCAGGAAGUUAUAAGUGUUCGUGUGAGAAGGGUUUUGAAUUGAAGAAAGAUGGCUACGAGUGUGAAGGUAAAUAACUAAAUUCUAUAUAAGUUUAAUUGAUAGCAAAGAGGUGUAGAGAAUGAAUGCAUUUACAGACAAACGACCGUUUGAAAUAAGUUUUUGCCUUAAUUAAUGAUUUUCAACGUGUUUGCCAUGCAGAUAUCAACGAGUGUCUGAAUGAUGACUUGUUCAACUGCACGGAUGAGUUUCACAAGUGCGUCAACACUCGUGGCUCCUACAAGUGUGAAUGUGAUCAAGACUUGUACUUUAUUGAUGGAAAAUGCAAAGGUAUUUGAUCAUUUUUAGACGAAAAUUUCCUGGAAGUUGGGGUAUGCAUUGGAGUGUCAUUCUGCUCUUUGCGUUUUGAUACUUGACAGUUGAAUUUUGAGCUUGACAGUCAUAUCAAGCUCAAAUAUCGAAAGCUCAAUCUACUAGUCGUGAAGCGUUUAACAAUAAGACAGGCUCUUGUUGUUACAUUAGUAACCACUCUUAUUUAUCGCCAGGGGGUGGACCAGAUUUUUUCGGGGGGGGGGAUUACAUGAUUUUUAGGGGGUAUGGAAGGAGAUCAGUCGUCGCCAACAGAGUAUACAGGGGGGUCAUACAAAUAUUACACAGUCUUAUGGAAGGAUCAGGUGCAAACAAACUCCUCCCCCCUGGCAAUAAAUAAUGACCAUUUCCUUACUUUGUUCAUAACUGCGCAUUGUUAGGCCACUCACUCUAUUCACUAUCUUUAACGGAGCAAAUAAUGAGUACAUAGCCAAUCAGAUUGCGGCACCUGUGAUAGGACGUUGGGAGAUUUAGUCUUAAAGAAAUACUCUUUGGAAAACUCGAAAACUGAUCGAAAGUGAUGAAGAAAACUUAUAAGUAUAUUUUGUGUAAUUAUACAAAGGUUUCUUACAUAUUAAAAAUUUACCCAGGUUUGGAGAAAAACGAGACAGUCCCUAUACCAGACCUGGCUGAGCCACGUGUCCCAUCCCAAAACGAGAAGCUAGAAGCUGUUCAGUUUUCAAUUCCAAGUGGGGUAGGUACCUCGAGUUAUAGAAAUGACGUCGUGUGCUGCAGAUCAUAUGAAAAAAAUGUUAUAGGGUACGCCCUGAAGCUUAUUAGGUUUCUUGCACAAGUGUAUAGCGGUUUCUUGCUUUAAAAAAGUGCGCGUGUAGAAUAUUUUCCAGGAACUAUGAUGGCCAACUCUUGCGAGUAAACUAGCAAGCAAUAAAUAGGCCCAACCUUUUCCAAACAGGUUGAAUCUCGAAUGGCCAAUGACCUGAAAUCUAUUACAGAUGAAUUUUCUCAUAACAUCGUUUCUCUGCAUGACUAGUCGCCCAGAAUGCUAUUGUCUUUCGCGACAUGUACUUACAGUGCCCAGUUUUUUAAUACGCGGCAUAAUAAUUUGCAUAUCAAGAACUAGUCAGCUAUGAUUCGUCAACAGAUUUUGCUUUGGGAAUACUUGAGUCUCUUUGGUGAUUUUAACUGCUGUCAAUCAAACGGUUGGAUGUGUGAGCUGAAAUCCCAAGAUGCGAUAAUGUUAACCAUAGCGUCUAAUUAAAGGCGGGCCGCGCUCUUUACAAAGCACUUUAAUGUCACUGAAAUUCGUAUGCAGCGAUAUGUUUUAAUUUUACAAUGCAGACCGCCGUCAAAACGUUAUCUGAGUGAACUGAAAUAGUUUUCUAUUGGAAUACGGAGUCUUUCCAAAACAAUAUUAAACUUUAUUCAUGUUCUUUCUGGCAGGUUGAUUGGGAUUUUGAUAGAGAUAAAUCUUUUAAAGAGAAAUUGGCGUCUGCUACAUCCGAGUUUUGCAGUAAGAACAGGACAACGUGCUCACUAAAAGAAAAACGACGAAAAAGGUGAUUACAACAGAAACUAAUACGCUUUUGUUUUUGGUGCGCCAUCUUUGUAGAUGAAAGGCACAUAGCUUUCUGUGGGCCUUCCUUUUUCAGUUGGAGUCCUUCGUGGUUGCAGAUACCUCCAGUGUUCCUCUUCCCAGUGAUUUCUCCUGCCCACUUCUUCUUCCUUUCGCUUUUCUUUUAAUUUUAGCACUGCAUGAUCUAGUGCUUAUUCAGACAGUAUCCUCUAGUUUAAAGUUCCUUUCUUCCCAUGACCUUUCCUGAGCAGAACUUCCGUAAUUUUUACUGGUUUAUAAUAAGUAAUUAUAAAUCGAUUUUAAUUAAAAACUAACUUUUCCAUGCUGAUUUUACAACUUACUGUGUCUCGUUAAAGCUUCCAAAAAUUAUCACGAAUAAUUUCUGCAGAUCAAUGAUUUCCAUCCCUCACUACAUUGAUGCUUUAUUAUUAAACUAAUUUUUCUCUUGUCAGACGCUCUCCAUUCCUAGACCUCUACACCGCUGACCAGGUUCAUCUUCUGCCUGGUUACCCUAGCAACUCAUCAGACUCUCUCCAGGUUGCAUUUUAUGUACAGCAGCCUGCUGGUCUUUUUAUUGGAAAUAUCUCAGUUCUUCCCCGUGACGCGUUGGUCGCCAUUGUAAUAGCUUACAAGCCCGUGAUCGAGGCAGCCAUUGGCGCGAACAUCUCUGAUAUAGAGACUUUAUUCGAACCCAGCUCACCUACAGAAUACCCAACAGUGAGACCACUGGAGCCAAACAGCAAUGGCUGGAAAUGGAUUGUGAUUGGUAUCAGUGUAGGAUUGGUUGUUCUAAUAGCCGUUAUUAUUAUCAUCGUCGUUGUUUGGUAA